AUGCCUACAGUAGUCGAUAUCCUCGCAGGAACAUGCGGUGGCAUCGCUGUCACGUUCGUAGGACACCCCAUGGAUACAGUGAAAGUCCGGCUUCAGACUCAGCCACAAGCUAACCCUGUAUAUAGCGGUGUGGCAGACUGUGUGACAAAGACAAUCAAGUGGGAAGGAUUUCCAGGCUUGUAUAAAGGCGUGAUGUCCCCUCUUGUUGGACAAAUGUUUUUCCGAAGCACUAUGUUCGCUGCAUUUGCCGGAAGCAAGGAAUUUAUACGUAACCAGACUGGUAGAGAAUUAAGCACUGCAGACUUCUUCAUCGCGGGAGGUAUGACAGGAUUCGCAUCUUCAUUCGUAGAAGGUCCCAUAGAUUUCUACAAGACACAGCUACAGAUACAGAUCAUAAGGUCAAAAACGAUUGAGGGAUACAAACCUGCAUAUACCGGUUUGCUGGAUGUCGCUAAGAAAACCUGGGCGACCAACGGCGUAAAGGCGCCAUUCCAGGGUUUGACGAUGACGAUAAUAAGAAACGUACCUGCCAAUGCCGUAUACUUGGGCUUCUAUGAGCUGUUCAAGAAUACUCUGGCAGAAAGACAGAAAAUCACAGUACAGGAGAUACCUUUAUUCCAGAACUUCCUGGCCGGAGGGGUCGCGGGGGUGUUGUACUGGGUAGCUGUAUUCCCACUGGAUGUGAUCAAGUCUGCGAUAAUGGGCGAUGCUGUGCGGCCCAGUGAACGCAAGUUCAGGGGCAUGGCCGAUGCUACACGUGCGCUCAUGGCGGAGGGUGGUAUAUCAAGGUUCUAUAGGGGGUUCACCCCAUGCAUGAUUCGGUAUGCUUUCUCGCCGGUAGUGAGUCUAUCUCUGUUAGACAAAAGCUUUUGUGGCGGUUGCUUCAUUUGGUCCCUGGAUGUUAUGAACGUUCACUUGUGCUGUUGCAUGGCAUUCGCCUGA